AUGGACUCUCUCGGUUCAUCACCACGAAAAGGCAUUUCUGCCUCGCCUACUCUUCCAACUAUGAGGUCCUGCUCGCUCGCUGGAUCUAAGCGUUCCGCUCCGACUCUUCUCCCGCCCUUUGAGCCGCUAUCGUCCUCACCACCAAACCUCCCACGACCUGUGAAGCGACAGAAUCUUGGAUCUGGCUCCGGAACAGGCCGUUCUCGUGCCCACCUCAAGUAUCCUACUCCCGUUCCGACGUCGAGCACGGGUAUCUUGUCGAGUUCCCCGCCUCAACGGGCCACAUCCGCUUCCGAGCGAGCCCCGCUUGCUGCCGUCCCCGCCGUUGAACUGUCGGAAAACGGCGAGACUCUUGUCAUGGGUCGAUCCUCCAACUCUUCCCACUAUCAGAUUUCCGCCGACCGUCUUGUUUCACGUGUCCACGUCAAGGCUCGCUACGUUGCUGCCGCCAGUCUCGAGCCCAGCAAGAUUGAGAUUAUCUGCAAUGGCUGGAACGGUCUCAAGCUGCACAGCCAGGGCCGUACUUGGGAGCUUUUCAAGGGCGAUAGUUUCACCAGCGAGACCGAGGGUUCCGAGAUUAUAAUUGACGUCCAGAACUCGCGUGUUCUUGUUCAAUGGCCCAAGAAGGUUCAUGACCAUAUUUCUGACGCCACUUGGGAUUCUCCUCCCUGCCAAUCUCGUGCUCAGGCUAUUUUCCAGUCUUCUCCUCCCCGCCGAGCUUCUCGUAUUGCAUCACCCGAGAGCCCCACACCUGCCAGUCUUUCCAGCUCUCGUCGUCUCCAGGCCCUGCUACCCGGGCAGCGUGACAUUGAAAUCUACGAAGAUGAUGCCGAUCAUGGACUGUCGGACAAGCUCGAUUCCUCCAGCAUCAAUGUCAGCAUGUGCACCGACGUGACUGCCAGCUUCAGCAGUGAAGUCAGCGAUGAAGUUGAAGAAGAAGACCCCGAUGAGGAGAACGAUCCCAUCAUCCACUCUUUCGGUCCCUUUGGCGCUGACAUUUCUUGCCGGUUGGCUUCGAUAACUACAAAGUCUCCCAAGCUCUUUAAGGGUGCCAAGCGUGCUCUUCACAGCGACGUCGCUUCUGAUCUAUUUGCUCCUCGCCAGAUCCCCACUGCUCCCCAAUCUCCACGAAAGCAGCACGCCAGGACAGAGUCUCCCCUCUCUUCACCCCCUCGCAUCUCUUCUCCUACUCCUACCCCCGAGACCAAGAUGUCUUUUGAGACCAACCCUGCCGUUGCCAACCAUGUCGUCAACCAGCUUGCUUUCUCGCGUCUGUCUUCGACACCUCUGUCUACCAUCAUGGCCCAUCUCCCUGUCGAGGAGAAGCGAGAUAUAACUAGAGAUGAUCUCCGCGAUGUCAUUGAGAGCACACCCUGCAUCGGCAUCAUCAAGCGCCAGGGCAAGGACGCAGCUGGCAAGCCUCUCGAGAGCGAGUACUACUACGUCCCUGAACACGACGACGACCAGCAGCGGCGUCUCGCCGUUACUGAUGGUCUCCGCAAGCCCAGCCUCCGAGCUUGUCGCAAGCAGCACAAGCAAUACUACUGGAAGCGACCCAAGACUCCUUAA